GGCAUAAACACUUUCCAGCCUUCCCUUCCUCUCAUCAGACCAUCACACAGAAAUUUUCUUCCACUCUUACUCCCACUCCAAAAGGACAGUCUGCUCAUCUGUCUCUUUACCACGACCACACUGCUUCUACCUCCAUCACAGACAAGACCGCAGCCAUGGCCUCUGAAAGCUUCGAGUUUCAGGCUGAAAUCUCCCAACUCCUCUCCCUCAUCAUCAACACCGUCUACUCCAACAAAGAGAUCUUCCUUCGAGAACUGAUCUCCAAUGCCUCGGAUGCUCUUGACAAGAUUCGAUAUGAGGCCCUCUCAGAUCCAAGCAAAUUGGACUCUGGCAAGGACCUCAGAAUCGACAUCAUCCCAGACAAGGAGUCCAAGACCCUCACCAUCCGUGAUACCGGUAUUGGUAUGACCAAAGCUGAUCUCGUCAACAACCUCGGUACCAUUGCCCGGUCCGGUACUAAGCAGUUCAUGGAAGCCCUGACUGCCGGUGCCGAUAUCUCCAUGAUCGGUCAGUUCGGUGUCGGUUUCUAUUCGGCCUAUUUGGUCGCCGACAAGGUGACUGUCGUCUCAAAACACAACGACGACGAACAAUACAUCUGGGAGUCCAGCGCGGGUGGCACCUUUACUAUCACCCACGAUGAGGACGGCGAGCCUCUUGGCCGUGGCACCAAGAUCAUUCUCCACCUCAAGGACGAGCAGACCGACUACCUGAACGAGUCGAAGAUCAAGGAAGUCGUCAAGAAGCACUCUGAGUUCAUCUCCUACCCCAUCUACCUCCACGUCCUGAAGGAGACCGAGAAGGAGGUUCCCGACGAGGAGGCCGAAGAGGUUGAGGAGGAUGAGGAGAAGAAGGCCAAGAUCGAAGAAGUUGACGAAGAAGACGAAGACAAGGAGAAGAAACCCAAGACGAAGAAGAUCAAGGAGUCCAAGAUCGAAGAGGAAGAGCUCAACAAGACCAAGCCAAUCUGGACUCGCAACCCCUCCGACAUCACCCAAGAAGAGUACGCUUCCUUCUACAAGUCUCUCUCCAACGACUGGGAAGACCACCUUGCGGUGAAGCACUUCUCUGUCGAGGGUCAACUCGAAUUCCGCGCCAUCCUCUUCGUCCCCAAGCGUGCUCCAUUUGAUCUCUUCGAGACCAAGAAGACCAAGAACAACAUCAAGCUCUAUGUCCGACGUGUCUUCAUCACCGACGACGCCACCGACUUGAUCCCCGAGUGGCUUGGGUUCAUCAAGGGUGUCGUCGACUCUGAAGACCUGCCUCUCAACCUGUCGCGUGAGACCCUUCAACAGAACAAGAUCAUGAAGGUCAUCAAGAAGAACAUUGUCAAGAAGUGCCUCGAACUCUUCAAUGAGAUCGCCGAGGACCGUGAGCAGUUCGACAAGUUCUACUCUGCCUUCAGCAAGAACAUCAAGCUCGGCAUUCACGAAGACUCGCAGAACCGCCAGUCUCUUGCUAAGCUCCUCCGAUUCCAGUCCACCAAGUCUGGCGAAGAAGCCACCUCGCUCACCGACUAUGUCACCCGCAUGCAAGAGCACCAGAAGCAGAUUUAUUACAUCACCGGUGAAUCCAUCAAGGCCGUGCAGAAAUCCCCCUUCCUUGACUCUCUCAAGGAGAAGAACUUCGAGGUCUUGUUCUUGGUUGAUCCGAUUGACGAGUAUGCCAUGACGCAACUCAAAGAGUUCGAUGGCAAGAAGCUUGUUGAUAUUACCAAGGACUUCGAGAUGGAGGAGACCGACGAGGAGAAGAAGGAGCGCGAAAAGGAGGAGAAGGAAUUCGAGGGUCUGGCUAAGAGCCUGAAGAACAUCCUCGGCGACAAGGUUGAGAAGGUUGUCGUCUCUCACAAGCUCGUCGGCUCUCCCUGCGCCAUUCGAACCGGCCAGUUCGGUUGGUCUGCCAACAUGGAGCGUAUCAUGAAGGCCCAGGCACUUCGCGAUACUUCCAUGUCCUCGUACAUGUCUUCCAAGAAGACAUUCGAGAUCUCACCCAAGUCUCCCAUCAUCCGUGAGCUCAAGAAGAAGGUUGAGACCGAUGGCGAGAACGACCGCACUGUCAAGUCCAUCACCCAGCUUCUCUUCGAGACCUCUCUGCUCGUCUCUGGCUUCACCAUCGAAGAGCCAGCGAGCUUCGCCGAGCGCAUCCACAAGCUCGUGUCUCUCGGUCUGAAUGUGGAUGAGGAGGCCGAGACUGCUGAAGAGAAGGCUGCCGAAGAGGCCCCUGCCGCUGAGGGUGCUGGCGAGAGCGCCAUGGAAGAGGUCGACUAGACGGUUCCCUGCCACGGCAUAGAUGUUCCAUCGACGAGAUCUCACUUCCUGAGCGAUUGUCUUUGUGUCAUCCCUAAUGGCGUUCCGGUGUCGGUCAGACGUGGUUGCCCUUGCCAUGUUUUUUCUUCAGCGAUAUCCCGGCAAUGAGUGAAAUGGUUUGGGAAAGACUAGUGGUAGGAAAGGAUUGCAAUGACCACCAAAAAGCGGAUAGGGGGCAAUAAUGGAAGAAGAACGGGUUAAGCAGUGAGCUUCUCUUGAUGGUUGUGGUCACGGCUUCCCGUAUUCCAUAGUUCCAAUUGAUUGCACGAUUAGAUGAACAGUGCCUCCGAAACAUUCUUUUGCUGUUCAAGCCGUACAAGUAGCCGUUGUAGGCC